AUGUCCGGAACGCCCGACGCCAGCUCCGACAGCCAGGGCUUCACGUGCGGCGCGCUGCUCAUGUGCCUCUACCUCCCAGGCCUCUCCAAGAAGAAGCCAGAGGUGGAGGCGACCGCCGCGAGCGCGCCAGCGGAGACGGCGCCGGCGCCGGCACCGAACGAGCCGGCGACCGAGCAGGCGCCCCCGGACGCGCCGAGCCGGGCCGCGUCGCUGGAGAAGUCCGAGUGCGCGUCGCUCUACUCCGGCAGCAACAUCGUCUUCGACUUCGUGGUGGAGGAAGCGGGGGAUCGUCGGGAGGAGCGGGGCGGCGCGCGGGCGGUCCACGGGUACUGCCCGUCGCCGUGCUUCGACCUGCCCGUGGAGCUGAUAAGGGCCGGCGAACGGUUUGGCGCCACCGGCGGCGGUGACAGCGAUGCGCCGGUCACGGCCGCGUUCGUGUUCGGCGACGACGGCGGGAACCGAGGGGGCGGCGCUCUGCAGAAGAUGGCGUCGUGCCUGGCGCCCGGGGCCGAGGGCGACGGCGAACCGCCGCACCUCGUGAGGUUCUUGUCGGCGUCGGGUCGUUCUAGCGUGGCGCGGCCUCCCGUGAUGGUGAUGCCUUCCCGUGGCGCGCCGCAGGGGAUGUAA